UAGACAAGAGUAUGCCACGCAGACAAGAAUGCUGAUUAGAACGUUAAUUCUGAAUCUGCCUGUCUGUCUCUCUGAAAGCUCUUACUUGUGGGUGCCAAUGGCGGAUCUGAAGUCAACAUUUCUGAAGGUAUACUCCGUCCUGAAAUCGGAGCUCCUUGAAGACUCUGCUUUCGAGUGGACCGAUGAUUCUCGACAAUGGGUCGAGUGGAUGCUGGAUUACAAUGUGCCUGGAGGAAAUUUGAGCAGGGGUUUGGCCUUUAUGGAGAGCUACAAAUUGUUGAAAGAAGGAAUGGAGUUGACUGAAGACGAAAUUUUCCUUGCUAGUGCUCUUGGGUGGUGUAUCGAAUGGCUACAGGCAUGUUCUCUUGUUCUCGAUGACAUUAUGGAUAACUCACACACAAGACGUGGUCAACCUUGCCGGUUCAGAGUGCCAAAGGUUGGUAUGAUUGCAGUAAAUGAUGGGGUUCUACUUCGUAACCAUAUCCCGAGGAUUCUUAGGAAACACUUCAGGGAUAAACCUUACUAUGUAGAUCUGCUUGAUCUAUUUAACGAGGUGGAGUUUCAGACAGCCUCAGGAGAGAUAAUAGAUUUGGUUACUACACUUGAAGGAGAAAAAGAUCUGUCCAAAUACACUUUGCCAGUUUACCACCUCAUUGUACAGUACAAGACUGCCUAUUACUCAUUUUACCUUCCAUUUGCGUGCGCAUUGCUUAUGUUGGGUGAGGAUCUGGAAAAACAUACUGAUGUUAAAAACAUUCUAGUUGAGAUGGGGGUCUACUCUCAAGUACAGGAUGAUUAUUUGGAUUGCUUUGGUGAUCCUGAAACAACUGGCAAGAUAGGAACAGAUAUUGAAGAUUUUAAGUGCUCUUGGUUGCUAGUAAAAGCAUUGGAGUUAAGCAACGAGGAACAAAAGAAAGUAUUAUUUGACAACUAUGGGAAACCAGACCCUGCCAAGGUUACAAAAGUAAAGGCCCUCUACAAAGAGCUUGAUCUUCAGGGUGUAUUUAGUAUUUGCUGAGUUCGAGAGCAAGAGCUACGAGAAGCUGACAACCUCUGUUGAAGCUCAUCCGAGCAAAGCAGUUCAAGCAGUGUGGAACUUAUUCUUGAGUAGAAUACACAAGAGGCAUAAAUAGAGAUAUAUUCAAGAACAGGGAUGAAUGCAGGUUGGAAGUUGCAGAAUAUUCCCAGUCUUUUAUCCUCAUUUCCAUUUAAACAAAUUGUUGUAAAUGAUGUUAUUGUUAUCACUCCCAUUGAUUUAUUUUUCAUUGAAAAAACUUAUAUAAG